UGAAGCCACGCUGCCGCCUGCCACAACAUGAGACGUUGUUGUCAAGUGAGGCGGAUGGACGGACGCGUUUAGAAAGAACCGCCGAAAGACAGGCAGGGUAAGUAGAGAGAAGCUAUCAUUUACUGUAAUCUCAAGAUGGAUGUGAAAGAGGAGAUGUGUGAGGCUGACAUCAUUAAGGUAAAGAUCACAAAUAUUAAGGAGGAGCACUGUGAAUGGGAGCCUGCCUACCCUAACCAAUGUAAUCUCCACAUUAAGGAAGAGGACUGUAAACUGGAUUCAGUGAACAUUAAAGAAGAGGUUGAAGAGAAGUUUAUCAGCAUUGAGGCACAGAAACAUAAAAGUGUGGAGAGUGUCCAGGAAAUCGACCUUCAUUACAGGUGUCAAGAUGGAGCAGCGAUGGGGUUGGUAUCUCCUCAGCGCGCACACUGGUCAUCUACAGGACUUUCUAUCCAUGUGAAGUCUGAAUCGUUACGGUUUGACACAAGGAGGAGCAAGGAAAUAUCAUCAUCUGUUAGAACUCUGGAAGAUCAGCCACCAUCUACAAGAGAUGAACCUCACUGCUGUUCUGAAUGUGGCAAAGAAUUUUUUGAUGGGAAUAGUCUGAGGAAACAUUUAAGAGUUCACACAGGAGAGAAGCUGUAUUGUUGUUCAGAAUGUGGAAAACAAUUUGCAGAAAUCCUCAAUCUUCAUAGACACUUAAAUAUUCACACUGGAGAGAAGCCAUAUUGUUGUUCAGAAUGUGGAAGAAAAUUUACAGAAAUCGCCACUUUCGAUAGACACAGAAAAAUUCACAUGGGAGAGAAGCCCUAUUCUUGUAAUGAAUGUGGCAAACAAUUCACAGUAAUCAGCGUUCUUGAUAGACACAGAAGAAUUCACACGGGAGAGAAGCCCUAUUGUUGUAAUGUAUGUGGCAAACAAUUUACAUUAAUCGGCGGCCUUAAUAGACACAGAAGAGUUCACACGGGAGAGAAGCCGUAUUGUUGUAAUGUAUGUGGCAGAAAAUUUGGUGCCAAGACUACACUUCAGAGACACACUAGAAUCCACACUGGAGAGAAACCGCUUUUCUGCUCUGAUUGUGGCAAGCAGUUCUUUGACAGAAUGACUCUUCAGAGCCAUGCAAAAGUUCACACAGGAGGAAAACCGUUUUGCUGUUAUGAAUGUGGCAAAGAAUUUUUUGACAGGAAUAGUCUGAAGAAACAUUUAACAGUUCACACAAGACAGAAGCUGUAUUGUUGUUCAGAAUGUGGAAAACAAUUCACAAAAAUCAGCAAUUUUCAUACACACAUAAAAAUUCACACUGGAGAGAAGCCAUAUAGUUGUCCAGAAUGUGGAAAACAAUUUGCAGUAAUCAGCAGUCUCCAUAGACACAGAAAAAUUCACACAGGAGAGAAGCCAUAUUGUUGUAAUGUAUGUGGCAAACAAUUCACACUAAUCAGCAGUCUUCAUAGACACAGAAUAAUUCACACGGGAGAGAAGCCGUAUUGUUGUAAAGAGUGCGGCAGACAAUUUGGUCUCAAGAGUACACUUCAGAGACACACUAGAAUCCACACUGGAGAGAAGAUGCUUUUCUGCUCUGAUUGUGGCAAGCAGUUCUUUGGCAGAAUUAAUCUUCAGAGCCAUGCAAAAGUUCACACAGGAGAAAAACCGUUUUGCUGUUAUGAAUGUGGCAAAGAAUUUUUUGACAGGAAUAGUCUGCGGCUACAUUUAACAGUUCACACAGGGGAGAGUCUGUAUUGCUGUUCUCAGUGUGGCAAACAGUUUUUGCAUAAGUGUAACCUUAAGAGACACACCAGAGUUCACCUUUAGAGAAAUAGUUUCUUAUGGUGAAGAUGCUAUGAAAAAGUCGAUUGUGUUUGAGUGUGCUGAAAAGAACAAAGAUAUUCUAAUAAAAAUCUGAUAUCCGAUGGAAUGUGAGACAGCUGCUCAACAGUAUUCUGAAAAAUGAGUUCCAGGCCUGCUUCCAAAAGUGGGAAUGCUAUUUAAGUCCGUGUAUAGAUGCACAAGGGGAGUACUUUGAAGGCAACAGUAGCUAGUAUUGUACAGUGUGACAUGUAUGUUUUUUAAAGGUGCAUUACAGGAAUUAAAUUGUCACACCUCGUACAUGAGUUGAACACAGGUGAUUCUCAGAACUCGCCUUGUUGCAUGCUGGAAAAUCCUGGUGAUGAACCAGCUUACCAUUCCUAUCCUAUCUUACUGCUUUGGCAUCCCUGGCUGGACAACAUAAACUGGACAUAAAACCGUGAGAACUUCUCCAUGCAUACCAGUCAAUAUACAAGAAUCGAGGCAUCCCUAGAAUGUACAUUUCUAGAUCUGAAGGACACAUGGGGCUCAUCAAAAUGGAUGAGUUAUGCAGGGCUCCAAUCGUUGGACUUCAGACAUUCCUUCACUACUCAACAUACUGGCACAUUCAGCAGGUACUUU